AUGAUUAAAAUAUUUCUAGAUUUAGUUGGGGACCAAUACAGUCCAAUAUCCAGUCCAAUUCCAGUGCCUGAUGAUGAUCCAAUGGAUAAUUGUUCUUUUAGCGCGACUGGUACUCAUGUUGCUGGAAUUAUUGCUGCAAAUGCUACAGGAAUAUCUCAGACCAGUUUCAUUCCAUAUGUGCCUUUCGUCGGUGUCGCUCCUCAGGCAACUCUCGGUGCAUUCUAUGUCGCGUUUUCGCAUGGUAUUAAUGGUGGACAAGGUGUUCAAGCAUGCGGAAGUCCAGGUAUUUCGUUGGGUGCAAUGUCAGUAGCUUCCGUAGACAACGGUCAUACGAUUCAGUUCUAUUUGAUCACACCUAAUGGUGAGAAAAUUUUCUAUUCGCCCGGAGGUAUUUUCGGUCCAUGGCCAUUCAUUGUAAAUUCGACUAUCAUUGUCAAUGAUCCUCAUGCUACAGUGAAUGAUGGAUGCAAUGGUCCAGCUAAGUCGGUUACAGGCGCUGUUGUUCUGUAUAUGUUUAACACCGGAGAUUCAUGUGGCUCGGCCGUUCGAUGUAACAAAGCUGCAGCAGCCAAUGCAUCCGGCUGUCUCCUUUACAAUGUUGGUCCCAUCGCCGGAUCGUCAUUUAUUCCAAGUGGAUCUAUUAGUUUAGCAGAUGGUCAACGUAUUGCGGCCAUAACAACACAAAAUCCCUCAGCUGUGUUUACAUUCACUAAUUUAGUUAAUUUGUUAUCCACGGUAACACUUUUUCUCGCACAAAUUGGCAAUCCUGCUCCAGAAACAGUUGGCUUUACUUCAAGAUGUGCAAAUUGUCGACCUUCAUUCUCAGAAGUUGUCAAUAUAUUCCAGUCGAAUGCCAAACCAGUAAAUAUAUAUAAUACAUCAAUGCUCUCUACAACUAUAGAACAAGGUGCCGGUUUAGUCAAUGCUUUUCAAGCUUUAACAGCUACCACAAUCAUUUCACCGAGUGAACUUGCAUUGAAUGACACAGUCAGACGACAGAAAUUCUACAAGAUUAAAGUAUACAAUAACGGUAAUAAGCCAGUCCGAUACAGUAUCGGUCAUCGUGGAGCUGCAAUGGCCACUCCAAAACAACCAGGAGAUGAUCAGCUUUUGUUGAUACCAAAAUAUACUGCUGACUACGCUGUGAGUUAUGUUUAA